UUUUCUAUAUAUUCCAUGAAGACACGCGUUUUCUGGAAAAUUUUGGUUGCUCUUCUCCUCUUCUCAUUUUGAAAGCCAUGGCCAACAUCACAUCCAUGUUCUCUGCUUCUUCCUCCUCCAUCAUUGCCAUAUUCCUGCUUCUCACCCUUCCUGAUAUUUGUCUGCAAAUUCGAGGCUCAGAGUUUGGAAUAAACUACGGCCAAAUAGCCAACAAUCUCCCAUCUCCUUCUCGCGUGGCUGGUCUCUUAAAGUCCCUCAACGUCAGUAGAAUCAAACUCUACGAUGCCGAUCCAAACGUUCUGGUUGCCUUCUCCAAUUCCGAUGUCGAAUUCGUCAUUGGACUAGGAAACGGGGAUCUGGAGAACAUGAAAGACGUAUCACAAGCACAAUCCUGGAUUCAACAAAAUGUGCAACCAUACCUCUCACAGACCAAAAUCACCACCAUUGUCGUUGGAAACGAGGUUUUCACCAACAACGACACACAACUAAACCAAAACCUCGCCCCCGCAAUGCAAACAGUGUACCAUGCCCUUGUCAAUCUUGGGUUGGAUCAAAAAGUUGCUGUCACCAGUGCUCAUUCUUUCAAUAUUUUAUCCAAUUCUUACCCUCCUUCCUCUGGAGCUUUUAGAGCAGAUUUGAUUCCAUAUAUCCAGCCCCUUUUGAGUUUUCAUGCUCAAGUGAAAUCCCCUUUUCUGAUUAACACAUAUCCAUUUUUUGCGUACAAGGGAAGCCCCAAUGAGAUUUCAUUAGACUACGUAUUGUUUCAGCCAAACGCAGGAAUGGUUGAUCCAAAGACGAAUCUUCACUACGAUAACAUGCUUUAUGCUCAGAUUGAUGCUGUGUACGCAGCCAUCAAAGCAUUGGGUCACAGUGACAUUGAGGUUAAGAUUUCUGAGACAGGUUGGCCUUCUAAGGGUGAUCCUGAUGAAGUAGGGGCUUCACUUGAAAAUGCAAUGUUGUACAACGGGAAUUUGUUGAAGAGGAUGGAGAUGAGACAAGGGACUCCAGCGAAACCUUCGGUUCCUAUUGAUAUCUAUGUGUUUGCACUUUUCAACGAAAACAUGAAGCCUGGUCCUACUUCCGAGAGAAACUACGGUCUCUAUUAUCCUGAUGGUACUCCUGUUUAUGAUGCUGGAUUACAAGGUCGUUUACCAGAGAUGGUAGUUCAAUCUGUAUCCAAGUCCAACGGCUUGUUCGUGGGCUUUCUUGUCUAUGUCAUUACAUGUUUAGUUUUUGUUUUUGAGAUUUCAAGGUCUUGAUCACAAGUAGGAAGAGAUCAAGGUAAACAGAGGAUUCAUUUUGCAAGAGGAAGCCAUAUAAGUACAAAAGUCCAAAAGAGUGUUGCAUCAGAUGAGAAAUAUGUCGUCAGGAUCUCUUUGCCAGAUCUUCAGGGUUUCAAAACCUCACAGUGUUUUGUCUCUCCUUCUCAACCUUAUCUUCAGCCUCCUUCUCUGUUUGUCAUAGAUCCCCGUGAUCAUCGUACCAGUUAACAGCAAUCUUAUGAACUAAAGGGACAACCUAAGAUUAUAAAUGAGAUCGAUCUUGCGACCUCCCGGUCACAGGGAAGUUUCAUGUGACCAGGCUACAGGGCAUUGAUGACUCCUUUUCACAUUACAUCACUAAUUCCCCAUACCAUUUCACAGCCACGUAUAUCAAGCUGCCACGAGUAUCUUCUCUGCUACUCUCUUUGGUUAAUUUGUCUUUUUGAAUUUCACGGCCACAUAUAUCACGAGGAAUUCGUACAAUCUCAUAGUCCUACUUGUGAGCAUCUGAAUGUAGAAGGAAACAUCUUGGUAUGAAGGAACCUGGUUUUGGAAAUCCAGAACAUGAACCUGAUUAAAAAAAUCAGGGGGGAGAAAUUCAAAAAGAUGACACACGAGAGUCACAAAAGGGGGGCCAUUUGGGGUAAUGGUGGCUCUAGAAAUUUGAUGAUGAAGGUGCGAUGUGCCUUUGAAAUGUUAAAACUCUGGGACCUCAUCAGUUCGUCAUCAUGGCCCCACCUAGGAUAAGGUUGACGAAAGAAUACAUUCAUCCACUUGAUCUUUUUUUUUUUUUUAAGGUCAAAUAGAGUCCCUUUAGUUGCC